CGGAAAAAACAGCUAAACAAUUAUGAAAUCACAACCAAUCCAACAAAUCAACACUCCUUUCCCAUAUGGAAAAGGGCAAAAACAGCAAGAAAAAUUUCACACAAUAUUAGUUAGUUUCCCUUGAAGCGAUCACGACAAACACAUCACGUCCAAAUCUUCCCCAUUAGCCAAGAACCAAAGCCCACCACCCUCCACCCACCUUGCUUUCACGUUUUCACGAUCUCAAAACAAACCACCCCACAACUCCCUCCCUCCCUCCCCUUUUCAUAUAACUGCGACUGCCUUGUUUCACAACCAAAAACGAUCAAGAUCCAAGAAAAACGAGAAACCCUUAUCAAGAAAGAUGUGCUGUGGAGGUCGAAUGUGCAUGCUGUGCACAUGUUUGAUACUAGUGGUGAUCUUGAUUGGCUUAUCGUUCGGUUUUGGAGUUUUCAAGAAUGGGUUUCACAAGUUGAAGGAUCACCUUGAUGUUUGUGAUCCUAACGCUAUUGGCUCAUUUUGCGGCGGCGGCGGCAAGGCUUCAAGGCCUUUCUUGGGUUUCCCAGCCCCCCCUCCUGGCUCUUUCUAGGGACAAGAAGAAUUCUCUCAUUCUGCUGCUGUGAUGGUUUUCUUUAGGGUUCCGAGUCCCUUAUACGUGUCCUGAUUGUUUUAGGAAUCUGUGAUGAGAUUAUUUGUUGGGAUUUUUUUAUGUUGAUUUAUUUUUUUAUUAAAUUUUAUUUAUCCUAGUACAUUAAUUGUUUCUUGAUCUGGUCUUCAUGUCAAUGACAGUGAAUUACUCUAGUACUAUUUGUUUGAUGAUUGCUUAUGAUUAUGAUCGUGCUGAUCCAGUGGCUAAGUCCUUUCAACAAAUAACCGAAGAACUGCAUCAGUUCUUUGUACUUCUAUUUCA